AUGGGGGUUCUGGGAGAGAGAUGUAGGUUAUUGAUCACCGCCAGGGAGGUCGCUGAGGACGGCAGCCGAUGCCACAAACUGGAGUGUCUUUACCCUCCAGCCGCCGCCGAGGUAUUCGAUGCUUAUGCUCGAGAGGCGGCGAAACCGGAAGAUGCGGCAUACGGCGAGAUCCCCAAGGACGAUAGAAAUGAGUUGAUCCAACACUGUGGAGGGCUGCCGCUGGCUCUCAAGGUGUUGGGAAGCAUGACGGGUGAGGCGUGCAGGGACAUGCACGACUGGGAAAGGUUUUUGGGCAAGGCUCGUCGUCGUCUACAGGACAAUCUAGGCGUGCUGCACUUCAGUCUCGAUUACCUGAGGCAAAAGGAGAGAAAAUUGUGGGAGGCAUUUGUCCUGCUGGCCGAUCUUUGGGAUUCCUUUUCGCACGAUAGGGCUGCGUUGGGAUGUUGGUUGGAUGCCAUCUUCGAGGGAAAGUCCGAGGAGAUCUUCUUCGAACUGGGCAGAAGGUUCUUGCUGACCGUCAUUGAUCGGGACGUCAUCAUCCAUGACCUGUUCAGGGAGGCGGCAAAGGGAAAGGACGACGGAGACUCCACCGCAUGUAGGCCGAUGCAGGAAGGGUACUCGCGGUUGUUGCUCAAGGGAUAUAGGGGCGACUUCGACCACCAACACCUGGCAGCCAGGGACGAAUCCCUCGAACCAGUCAGGGGGGGCCGGCUUGUCCGAUCGGUGGCUCUGCGCGACACGGAUCUGGGGAUGUUCCAAGUGUCUCCCAUGAGGGCCGUCCGACUUCUUAUAGCACUAAGGUGUAGGGUGGAUCGGGGGGCUGAUGGUGCUCACGAGCCGGACCUGAGCGGGUGCGCGGCGCUGGCGAGCCUGCCGGAAUCGGUCGGGCAGCUGACGGGGCUGACGAGCCUGGACCUGAGCCGGUGCAGGGCGCUGACGAGCCUGCCGGAGUCGGUCGGGGCGCUGACAGGGCUCAUGAAGCAAUUGUUGCCGCUCAGGACCCUGGAUUUGUAUUCCCUUUUCGGUCUGAUUUCAGAUAGGAGUUCAUUCCAGAGCUUGCCAGAGUGGGUCGGGCAGCUGACGGGGAUGACGAGCCUGGACCUGAGCUUGUGCCUGGCGCUGCGGAGCCUGCCGGAGUCGGUCCGGCGGCUGACGGGGAUGACGAGCCUGGACCUGAGCGGGUGCGAGGCGCUGCAGGGUGCCUGUCAAUACUUAUGGGCAGCAGCGCAGGAUGACGCGAGGGCGCAAUUCAACCUGGGUGUGUGCCACUACAGCGGCAAUGGCGUGGAGAAGGACGAGGCAGAAGCUGAAAUAGCAACUGGGGGCGACGGGACGGCAGGGGUGGAGAGCGCGCUACUGCUAGAAGUUUGUGCAGAUGUUAGGACGGGGGGCACCGGCGUAGGGGAAGGGGCCGCAGGCGUUGGGGCCGGGGGCGCCAGGGUUGGGGCAGGAGGCGCAGGCGUUGGGGCAGGGGGCGCCAGGGUUGGGGCAGGAGGCGCAGGCGUUGGGGCAGGGGGCGCCAGGGUUGGGGCAGGAGGCGCAGGCGUGGGGGCAGGGGGCGCCAGGGUUGGGGCAGGAGGCCUAGGCGUUGGGGCAGGGGGCGUAGGCGUGAUGGCCGGGGUCGUAUAUGCUGGCGGUGUAGCACAGCUGCUCGCAGUGUUGACGAGGUAG